AUGUUGACUGAGGAAGUUGAUGAUUGGUGGGGUAACACUCGUCAGAGAUUGGAAGUCGCAGGUAAUGACAUUACAUGGGUUGUACUCAAAGGAGAAUUUUUGGAGCGGUAUUUUCCAAAAGAUGUACAUGGUAAGAAAGAGUUUGAGUUUCUGGAACUGAAACAAGGGAACUCAACUAUUGUUGAAUAUGCUGCUAAGUUCGAGGAACUUGUGAAAUUAUACCCACACUAUAAUGAUGCAUAUGCAGAGGUUUCUAAAUGUAUCAAUAAGGCUCGGCCUGCUAAUUAUAAAAGUUUGAGUGAGAAAAGGGGAAAGUCAUUGAAUAGUGGAAAGUUGUAUAGUGUUCCAGCUGACAAAGGGAAACAAAAAAUUUCAUAUGGUAGAAGGCCAAGUGUGGGAGGGGCUUCUGCUCCUAUCAAGUGCUACAAGUGUGGUGGUGCAGGACAUCGCGCCAAAGAAUGUAAAAGUGAUGAAAAUAAAUGUUUCAAAUGUGGGAAGUCAGGACAUCUGAUCACUGAUUGCAAAACUAAUGUGCCUACUUGUUACAAUUGUGGGGAACCUGGUCACAUCAGUACCACUUGUCAGAAAUCAAAGAAAGUCGAUACUGGAGGGAAUGUGUUUACGUUGACUAGAUCUCAACCUAACAGUUAUGACAGAUUGUUGACUAGAUCUCAACCUAACAGUUAUGACAGAUUGAUUAGAGGUACAUGUUAUAAUCAUAACAGUCCUUUUAUUGCUAUUAUUCAUACGGGUGCAACACACUCCUUUAGUUCUGCUAAUUGUGCACGAAAAUUGGGUCUUGUUUUUUCUACUAUGAAUAGUGCACUAGUUAUCGACAUUCCAACUAACGGGUCGAUGACUACUUCUUAG